UGAUGCUUCAGAAAGCUAUCAUCACUCGUCUCAUGGCUGACUUUGCUGCCAAGAGGGCCUCCAAAGAUCUUGGUUAUUUCCUUGCCGUGACUACAGUUGCCAGCAUUGGGGAGGGAAAAGUCCGACAGCAGUCUGGCGAUGUCCUCUUUCCCGUCGAUUUUAGCUGCAUCACCUUCAAGAUGCUAACUGGAGAAGUCUUGGAAGGCAUAGUCCACAAAAUUCUGAAACACGGCAUCUUCUUGCGAUGUGGGCCGGCAGAGAGCGUCUAUCUCUCUCAUCAGAAAAUGGAUGAUUACCAGUAUGUGCCUGGCGAAAACCCCUACUUCAUGAACAGCAAGUCAUCGAAAAUUGAAAAAGGCGUGGUGGUGCGGUUCUUGGUGAUUGGGGAGAAGUUUAUAGAGGCUGAGAAAGAUUUCCGAGCUGUUGUCACCCUGGAGGGUGAUUACCUGGGGCCCAUCUCUUAGCAAGUUUACCAGAAACAACUGGCUGCUAUCUUUUCGAGUUCUGAACAUGUAUAAGCCAAUCAAGAACAGGAGACCUAGUAUUGGUUCCACAGUCACUCUUAAGGUUUCGCACUUUUGAAGUUAGAAUAUGCUUCAUCUGCAAUUAUUGCGGGAUUUCAAGGGGGCAGAAUUGCUGUGCUUCUGAACCUUUUUUCUACCUUGUUGUCUUAGUUUCUUUUCUGAGCUGUGUAAAAAAGUUGGCUAGGAUUUUGUAACUUCUGCCUAAUUAAUGAAUUUGUACUGUUAGUUGGCAUUCUUGUUGAUUUUA